AAUGCAUGAUUUUUGUAUUACGCACAUGUCUGUGGGAAAACGUAUAGUCGGUGUUCUCUCCUUUCGAUCGAUCUUUUUUAUUUUUAUUAGAAUUAUCUAAAUUACAUUUGCAGGCGAUGACUUGGAGUGUUACUGUAGUCAUAUUGGCAUACAGCGCCUUGCUGUGUUUCAGAGGGAGUUCUCAGGAGGUUCUUGUGAAGAAGGUUAUAGCUGCACCAGGUUCAGAUGCUGUGCUCAGUUGCUUGUUUCCUGUGAAUCCAAAUAUAGAUUUUGAAAUGUUGGUUAUAAACUGGCAGCAUGGUGAUACAGUGGUGCACAGCUUCUAUCGACACAGGGAUCAGCUUGAAAAACAGAAUGAAGUUUACAAAGGCCGAACAUCUCUCUUCCAAGACCAGUUACAGGCAGGAAAUGCAUCACUAAUGUUAACUGACAUUCAGCCAGAACAUAAUGGAGAAUAUAAGUGUUAUGUGACAUGCAACAAUGGUCCAAAUGAACAGAUGGUUUAUUUGCUUGUAGCAGCUCCAUACGAUGAACCUGAAAUUGCAGUUCAGUAUCUCUGCAGGAAUAUCAUCAUCAGUCUUUCAUCUCAUGGUUUUCCUAAACCUCUUGUGACUUGGUCUGCACCCUUAGGAUAUGAAAAUACAACACUUAUACCUGACAGUAGAGGGCGCUAUAGACUGCAAAGCAACAUGACCUUGAACCUGAACUCCACAGAAACUGUUAGAGUAGAGAUGAGCCUGGAUGUGCUGUCACAAAAGUUCAGCAGGGAACUUACACUACAUCCUCAUCCAGCAUGCUGUGAAGCAGAAAGUCCACGGAGCAGGAUUGGGUUUGGCAUCGCCCUAUUGGUGUUAAUACCUGCUGUCUUAAUGCUGCUGUUACAGAGAAAAUGAUGAACAUGUUUACAAUAAAAAAUGUUCAUACAUUUAAAUUAAA